GCCAGAAGGUGUGGGGCGUCGGCAUCCACCACGACGUGGUGCAGGCGUCGCUGAUCGCGCUUCUGAGCGCCGCUUCUUCGGUAUGGGUCCACGAACAAGAUAGCAUCUGGAGACACUAAUGCAGGAUCCAGUUCCUAUCGAGUAGACCGAGCACCCCGGUUCCCUUCCGCCCCAAGAGGAGUGACACGCUCGAGAUUCCGAGCAGCCCCCUGCGGCAGAGUCAGAGCGCCGAGCAGCAGAAUGGCACUAUUGUGGAUAGUCUGGAGAAGAUGGUUGGGGGCAAGCAGGCGGACGUCAAGAGCGCGGGUGUCUAGCCGUUUGACCAUGCCAUGUUGUCUGCUUCAUUCCGUUUCUGCCUCGCGUUACGAUUGCAUUGGCAUUGGUUGGGUCAGCCCGGUGUUCAAAAGUGCAUAUACACUCUCAGAUCGAGUAUUUUCAUCAUUCAACAAGCUACAGUCUUCCCAGAGCUGCCAACACGUGUAUUCGAUGAGGUUGCACUGUCAUCAAUGGACUGUUUCUGCUACACUGCUAGCCUGAUUCCCAUACCCGCUUCGAAAAGGCAUGUACAGGGGAACCUCGAUGCUGUCGUGCCUGAACACCUCCCUUCUGAGCGCACGAUGAUGUUUCUUUGCACAUCACCGACAAUAUCACGUGGCUAUGGGAAGCGUCGGAUCGUCGAAGAGGCUCUACAUCGGCGGCUUCAACUUCGGAAAUGCCAGGCCUUCGUCUGUGGACAUCAUUCUGAUGAGCUUCAGACGCGCUUCGCAAAUCUCGAAAACUCGAAUCGCAUUGCGCAGGACGAGGCUUGUGCAGGCUUCGCGAAUGAGGAGUUCGCUGGCGUGAACGAUGAAUGAACUCCCACCGUCGUGAGUACUGAGCAUUGGCAGCAACGUCCCGGAUUCAACAGGAGUUAUGUGGAUAAGCUUCGGGAUGUGGUGCGGUUGUAUACACUACCUAUACUUGUGUCGGCACCGAGUGUGCCUUUGACGGUGUUGUGCUUGCAUUGUAUUCCUCGCGGGAUCUCAUUGGUCUCUGCAUGUAGGUGCUGCCUUCUUGACACAUGCUCGAUCUGUUUGUGAUGUCGAAGAUUCAAGGAAUAAUCUGGGUUCUAAAGACUAGUUUCCUC